AAGAGCUAACAUCGAGCGUUUUAUUGUUUUCGAAAAAUAAACCGUUUAUCUCCCAGAAUCGGAACCGUACGCAGAAUUCAUAAAUCCGUAAAUCUGUGAGAAAUGGACAGUUAUUUCAUUGACCCUCAGCGCCGUAGGGGUGUGAAAGUGCUGUUCCCAAACCACCAGCUGUCGGUGAACCUGCAAAACUAUGGACUGCAUAACCAGAUCAAGUACAACGUUGUUGUUGAAAAGAUGGACCUUCAAAAUCUCAUCCAAAUUCGACUAACCGAAUCCAAUGAUCAUUCCAAAAUGUUCAUAAGCACUAUUGACAACAACAGCUAUGAACAGAUUCGGGCGGAACAAUCGCUGCACGUAACUUUCCAGGGAUUUAUCGAUCAUCUUACCAAGAUCUUGGACUCUUGCGUGAAGGAAGACCUACACAUGAGCCUGGUCAAGGAUGAAAACCUACAUCUGUUGCAGUUCUAUGAGAAAAGUUCCUUCAAAAACCUUACCCACUUGUUUCUGCAAAUCCAACAAUCCUCAACUGAAACGGUCCUGUUUCAUAUUAAUUUGGAGCUGCAAUCACUUCAGGAUCAGUCCAGUAGCUACGCGGGUCAGAUACAAAAAUAUCAACUGGAGGUGAAUGCCCGCGACGAAUCUCUCCAUAGGAUGCAGGCCGAGAUUCGUACAUUGAACGGGAAGUUGCUGGAACAGGAAAAUAUGAUCUUCAGUAGAAAUACCGAGGAAAUUAAUAGAUUGCAGCAAACGAUCAAACACAUCAAUGAGUCAAAGGAACUUGAAGAAAAACGGCUGAAAACUAUGAUAUCCGGGAUGCAGGAAAAGAUUGAUCAGCAGAAUAAGGAACUUUUGGGCUGUGCAGAAAAGAUGAAGCAAGAUUCUAAACGUUUCGAGGCACUCCGCGAAGAUCACAUCAAACUAAAGACUCAGCAUGAAAACCUUUGGGAAGAUUCCGAACGAAUGAAAGCGGACAUCAACUCCUAUACAAAUCGAGAAGCUCGUCAUGAGACAACGAUCGUAGAUUUGCGCCGACAGAUGAUUGAACUACAGAGUAAGCUGAAAAUUGCGGAUAAACAAAAGUCUGAAUUGGAAGCCGAGCUGGAAGCGGAGCGAAAUAUAUGCCAAACCAAGAAAAAUGCUCUACAGCUCACCACUGGGGAGAUUGCAAACUCAAAUGUUGUCAUUGCCAAUCUUAACAAAGAGGUGGCCAAGCUUAAAAGCAAGGUAGAGCUGAGAACGGAAAUCGCGAUGCGACAGGAAAAACUUAUUCAGGAACGGGAGAAGGAAUUCGCGGAACUGCAAGACAUUGUUAGGAAGAUUCAGGAAGAACAUAUUAAAAACAGGGCCGCAGGGGAAGAGUAUGCCUUGACAGUGCGCCGCAUCAAGGAGACGUCUGAUGUUAUCGAAGAAAAAUACAGGAAAAAAAUCAAUGAUCUUAUCGUUAAAGUAAGUUCCAGUCAGAACGUUGAACCUCAUCAGCAAACGUCCGUCUUGAAUCAUCAUCUUCCAAACCGAUAUCUGAGACCACAAAAUCGGAUAGAUUGAUGAAAACUAGCCUAAGUAAUUGUAAAUAUUGUGUAAUUUAAAUUAAAGCAUGAAUACAGCUAUUUGUUAAAUCUUA